CUCCGCCACUUCACAAAUAAACACAUUUCACUCUUUAUUAUCAUCAUCAUUCACCUUUUUCCCCCCUCUCUCUCUUUUUUCUCUCUGCUUAGGGUUUCUUUUAAUUUAAUGGAUCCAGAAAAAAGUUGAAUCUGAUUCUGGAUAUUCAACGAUCUUCUCUGAUUGUUUCCUUUUUUUUACAUCAUUCGGUUCUGAUUUUCUCUGGACCUGAUGAACCUGAAUGUUCUUACAGAGAUCGAUCUGUUAAUAUUAAAAUUUUGUUACCUUUGAAGAAAUCGGUUGAUUUUUAAGUUUUUUCAAAGGCUAUGGAUCUACCAGAGUUUCACGGAAUCUACUCUUUUGAUUCUUCAAAUUCAGGCAGUUUAUGUGGAAAUCAAAUUUAGAUGUUAUGCAAUAGCUGCUGUAAGAGUUGUGGUUUUCAUGCUGGCCAUAUUUAUAGGCACAUUGAGGGAAGGCAAUUUAUCAAACUCAUUAAAAGUUUGAAUGCAACUUGUAGCAUAAGUUAUUCUUGGAAUAGUCUAUAUACAGCGAGGAGGAGAACCAUGAUGGUGGAUACUGGUGCAACUGCUAAAGGCGGACCUGUUGUUGAUGUUUCACUGGAGAAGGAUGAUAGUGGUGGUUACGCCAGCGGAGGAUGGAAGAGUGAAGAUGGAAAAAUGAGUUGCGGUUAUUCAAGCUUUAGAGGGAAAAGAGCCACCAUGGAAGACUUUUAUGACAUCAAAACUUCUGAAGUUGAUGGAAAGGCAGUUUGCUUAUUUGGGAUAUUUGAUGGCCAUGGUGGUUCCCGAGCAGCUGAGUUUUUGAAGGGACAUCUCUUUCAGAAUCUAUUGAAACAUCCAUCAUUUUCAACGAACACCAAGUUGGCCAUAAGUGAGACGUAUCAAAAAACAGAUAUGGAAUUCUUGGACUCUGAAAAAGAUACCUUCCGAGAUGAUGGUUCCACUGCUUCAACAGCAGUUCUAGUUGGUAACCAUCUCUAUGUUGCCAAUGUUGGAGACUCACGGACUAUAAUAUCGAAGAGCGGAAAAGCAAUUCCUCUUUCCGAGGAUCAUAAGCCUAAUAGAAAUGAUGAACGGAGGAGAAUUGAAAGUGCUGGAGGUGUUGUGAUGUGGGCUGGUACUUGGAGAGUUGGAGGUGUAUUAGCGAUGUCACGUGCUUUUGGCAAUCGAAUGUUGAAACAAUUUGUCGUUGCUGAACCUGAGAUCCAGGAUCAAGAGAUUGAUGAGGAAGUAGAACUACUCGUGCUUGCUAGUGAUGGACUUUGGGAUGUUGUACCAAAUGAGGAUGCUAUUUCACUGGCUCAAGCAGAAGAAGAGCCAGAAGCAGCUGCUAGGAAGCUGACGGAAACUGCGUUUACUCGGGGUAGUGCUGAUAAUAUUACUUGCAUAGUGGUGAGGUUCAAUCAUAAGAAGGCUGAAGCUGAGGGGAGCAAGCAAGGCUGAAGAAUUUGUUGAUGUUGCAGCUUCCUUUUCUGGAGCAAGGUUGCCUCAAUGGGUUGUCGCCAAUGCAAAGUGCUGACUAUAGUACUAUGAGAAGGGGCCACCAUUUUUUCAUUCAUUUCUUUGCAUAAUUUUUCCAUUCUGUUUUAACUGUUGUAUUUAAGGUGUCUGUGCAUGUAUGUUUUCUCCGUUUCUGUAGAGGGUACUGUCUGGAUAAACUUUACUGUCAAACAUAGUUAAAGUAGAAAAAACUUGAUAGUUCUACUUGUAAGUGUUCCUGGCUGCAUGGAACCAUCAAUGUAUUUCCAUGCUAUAUGAUCUUUCAAAGAAAAGAAGAUAAUGAUGCAUUGCGUGCUACUGUUUGGAAGU